AAUCAAUGCCAUGCUAGUGCAUCAUGUCGUGAAUUAGGCGACCGCUGGUUUUGCAAAUGUAAUACAGGAUUUACAGGAAAUGGCUAUAAAUGUACAGAUAUCGAUGAAUGCGUAGACAAACCUUGCGAUUCUAAUGCUGUUUGCCUAAAUAAGCCUGGAUCAUACCUGUGCAAGUGCAAGGCUGGCUAUGAAGGUAGUGGGAAAGUUUGCAAAGAUAUUAACGAAUGCAAAGUUGAAAAAAAUCCAUGCUCCAAUAAUGCUCUCUGUAUUAAUACUAUCGGUUCAUAUCAAUGUAAAUGCCUACCUGGUUUCACGCAAACUUCAGUUUCAGAAAGCCCAGCAGGAACUCACAACUGCCACAAGCACGCGAACUGUAAAAACAAGUUUGGUUCUUUCAGCUGUAAAUGUAAACCUGGUUUCACUGGCAAUGGCACAGAUUGCAAAGACAUUAAUGAAUGCAAAAAGGGAUCACCCAAUAAGUGUAGUAAUAAUGCAGAAUGUAUUAACACAGCUGGUUCUUAUGAAUGUCAAUGUAAACCAGGCUAUACUGGAAAUGGCUACACUUGCAAUGAUAUUAAUGAAUGUAAAAAACGCAACAAAUGUCAUCAAAAUGCAAAUUGUAUUGAUAAUAUUGGAUCUUACGAUUGCACAUGCAAGCCUGGCUAUACCGGUGAUGGAUUGACAUGUACAGACAUCGACGAAUGCCAACUUGGUGAUAAUCGCUGUAAUGAUAAAGCUAACUGUAAAAAUACCAAUGGAUCCUAUCGGUGUACUUGUUUGUCGGGUUUCGAAGGGAAUGGGUAUAACUGUACAGAUAUUGACGAAUGCAGUAAGCCAAAUGCUUGCCCAAAAAAUGCCGAAUGCCGGAACAGCGUUGGCUCUUAUGCUUGUGUUUGCAAAUCAGGAUUUAAAGGAAAAAAAUGCAAAGACGUUGAUGAGUGCAAAGAAAAACCAAUAUCUCCAUCAGCUGUUUGCAUAAAUACUCCUGGGUCUUACAAAUGCAAUUGUAAACCAGGAUAUGAAGGCGCUUGCUUGUUAUACAUUGACGAAUGUACUACUGGAGAACAUACCUGUGGCGGUAAUGCAACUUGCAUUAAUGAACUUGGAUCUUACAAAUGCAAAUGUAAACCAGGCUAUAAGGGUGAUGGUCAAACAUAUAUUGAUGAGUGUGCUGAAAAUAAAGACAACUGCCAUUCCAAUGCUAUAUGCACCAACACUGUCGGAAGCUACAGAUGUAAUUGUAAGGCUGGAUUUACUGGAAAUGGAAGAACCUAUAUCGACGAAUGUGCCAGAAACAGUCAUAAUUGUCAUGCCCAUGCAAAGUGUACUAAUACUAUGGGAUCAUUCCAAUGCCAAUGUCGUCCUGGUUUUACUGGUAACGGUAAAACCUGUCAUGAUACAAAUGAAUGUCAAAGGAGCUCCGACAACCGAUGUAGUCAGAACGCAAAUUGUGUUAAUACCCCUGGUUCAUACCAGUGUAGUUGUAAGCCUGGUUUUACCGGUAAUGGCUACACAUGCUCAGAUAUUGAUGAAUGUGCUGAACCUAAUAAAUGUCAUAAAGAUGCACUUUGCAUUGACAAUAUCGGUUCAUAUGAUUGCUCUUGUAAAUCGGGCUUCACUGGCGACGGACUUUCAUGUACUGAUAUUGAUGAAUGUCGAAAUGGCGCUGACAACUGCCAUGCAAAUGCUGAUUGUGUCAAUACAGCUGGUAGUUUUACAUGUAAAUGCAGAAUUGGCUUUGUUGGCAGUGGAGUUAACUGUACAGACAUUGACGAGUGUAACAAUGCUAAUGCAUGCCCGCAACACUCUACAUGUGAAAAUUCAGUUGGUUCUUAUACCUGUGUUUGUAAUCAAGGAUAUAAUGGAGAUAACUGUGACGAUAUUCCGGAAUGUGCCCUUAAUACUGAUAACUGUCAUGCUCAUGCUAUUUGUACAAAUACUAUCGGAUCCUUUACUUGUGCAUGUCAAGAUGGCUUUAGCGGUGACGGCCUACAGUGUACUGGUAGGCAUACUUUGCUAAAAUAA